AUGGGUGGCUCGAUGGCAUGCUUGGCUUUGAUGGUAGUGGUCCUACUGGUGACCACUGGCUUCGGAGCCAAGGGGCAGGCGACGGCUCAGGAACAGUUGUGCCCGGCCAACUGGACGCUGGUGCGGCUAGACGAGAACAGCUCCCUCCGGCUCGGGUCCAACAUUCGCUUCGGCCCUGACAACGCACUCUCGAACUCCACUGCGUUGGGCGACGUGGUGGUGUUGGGGUCGAACAAUACGGUGGCUCAGACGGCCAUCGGCUCGUUUUCGAUCGUGGGCAGCAGCAACUACAUCGCCUGCUCCACACUUUCGUCUGAGGCUCAGGUCGGCCAGGGCAACUCGCUCACUUCGGUCAGGUUAGGCGGCAAGUCUCUGCUCGGCAGCGACAACCGUCUCUCCAACUCUUCCUUUGGCAGCCUGAACGUGCUACUGGAUGGUAACGCCUUAGAUUCAGCUCUGUUGAGGGACAGGAACGUGAUCGGGGCCAACAACACGAUCGCCCAGAACAGCCAGGUGCUGGAUCGCAACACGAUCGGCAACGCCAACGCGAUCAAUGCGACGGGGAUAGGCCUCAAGAACCAGCUGGGCGACCACAACGCCCUCGCGCUUGCCACCCUUCUUCGCAACAACGUAAUCGGAGCGCAGAACAUCAUCACUGGCGGCACCACCCUCAACGACACAAACAUCGUGGGCGACGCCAACACCCUGACGGGCGCCACGUCGCUCGGCACCCGCAACAGGCUGGGCGCUCUCAACCGACUGAGCAACGCCACGCUGGGCCGGGCCAACUUUGUGUACAACGACAACGCGAUCAACCAGUCGACGCUGAUCGAGGCCAACACUCUGGGUUCGCGCAACGUGCUCAGCGGCAGCGCGCUUCUCGACACCCUCAACCGCAUGGGCGACAGCAAUACAAUCCGAGCGACGCGGGCCGGGCAGGGCAACAAGAUCGGUAGCGGCAACGCGCUGGCCGACUCGGUGCUGGGCGACAACAACGUCAUCGGCGACUACAACGUGCUCGAGGGGGUGACUGUCGACCACAACGUCACCAUCGGCAACGGCGACUCCAUCCAGCGCGGCGCCACCAUCGGAGCCGACGUGGUGAUCGGCGACUGCGUGACGGUGGGCGAGUCGGCGGUGAUCGGAGCGGGCAGCGUGCUGGGCGACUGCGCGACGGUCGAUGCCGGCGCUUCGUUGGCCGCCGACAGCCGGGUGGGCCUCAACGUCGCCAACUGCUCCUGCGCGCUGUCCGGCGCUAACUCGGGCGGCAUCGGCAUCUUCGAGCCGCCGGUGUCGGGCGCGGACUUCAACAUGACAGACAUCAGCUUUGGCGAGCCUCGGAGGUGA